UCUUGCUGGACACCGGUUAUAUUAUACAGCUAAGUGAAGUGAUAAUAAUGCUAAUGUUCUCCGGUGAUUCUUUAAGUAACUCAGCGACACAGCUGUCUGAUUCAGUGUGUUGUCUUUUCACGAUAUUAAGCGGAGUAUUAUAAAAUGUACAGCAGCUGUUAUACAGUAUCUGUUCCCUGCAUAACUGAAUGAUCAUAACCUUUUAGGUUUGUAAUGGUUCACAGUAGUGUUGGGACUGACCGGUCACCUCCUGCUAUGAUAUUAUCCUGAUAACCAGUGGCAUGUGGGUCUGUGAAAGCUGUGACAAGAGUCGGACCUAAUCGUAAACUCGACCUUGACUCUCAGACAUCAUGCUCUGACUGUGAUUCAGACAUCCAGAGCAAUGGAGGGACAGUCAGACAAUUUAAAGCCUUCCUGGAUCAUAUCAGAACUUUGUGGCACUGAAGCGGACUUGCCAUUUCCCAUUUGGCAGAAUGGCACCCUCAGUCCCUGCUUUAACCAAAUCAUCUGUGGAUCUCUAGUGCAUGCUGUUACUGCAGUGCUCAGCGCGUGUUACCUGAGCGUGCCGGGACUUGGCACGCUUCUGCCGUCACUGCCUGUUGGCUGGAUCUUCAGGUCUGUUGUUGCGCUGCUGCUGGUUUUUGUUUUUAUCGCAGAUUUGGGGUUGGUGCUCGUGCUUCACCAGCAAGACUUUUACUUGAACAUCUUGGCCGAUGGAUGUGGCGUCGUUGCAUGGCUGGUCCACUUUGGGGCCGUUUUAUCCUUGCAAAGAUCUGUGUACAGAAGAACUCGGGGUCCACCAUUUUUUCUGGUCCUGGCCGUUCUUUCUGUUCCUAACAUAAUGUUUGCCCUUAUUUAUGGCAUUCAUGAUGGCAUUCAUCUCAAUAACGAGGAGCUCUUGCAGUUUGGAAGAUUUGUCUUGAUUGUUAUCAGGGCAGCCCUGAUUUUGUUGUACUUGCUGGCUUUUUUCUUUCCAUGCUCUACGUCACAAAGGGAGACCCUGCUUAUAAACACAGACGAUGGCGCUCCUCUUAUUGCUCCAGAACCUGCCGGAGGAGAAAUGGUGGCAGAAGAUGGCUGCAACUGCCCGUCCAGGCUCCUCUACUUGUGGUUGAAUGUUCAACUGAGGCAGGGUCAACGUGGAGAGCUCAAGAAACCCAGCGAUGUUUUACAACUGCCCCAAAGGCUAAGGACGAAAGCUGUCACUCAGCGCUUCUCUCAGUGUUGGGCAAAGUGUCUGAAUAACAAAAAGCCGAGGACACUUGAAGGGAACCAGCAGGAUGGUUUGUACAGUGAAAUACAACCUGAGGAGGAAAUGAGCCACCAUGAGGUGAGACUCUUAACAGUGCUACACAAGGCUUUCGGUGCACGCUACUACCUCCUUGGUGUUCUGAAGCUAAUGGCCAGCCUUCUAGCAUUUGCAGGACCGCUGCUCCUCAGCUGGUUAGUGGGUUUCAUGGAAACUGAGGGGGCACCGCUGAGCACAGGUGUGUGGUGUGCUGUGGGCCUUUUCUUGAGCACUUUUUUAGCAGCGUUCCUCCGUAACGUCUUUGUUUUUGAAGUCUCGAAGGUGGCCCUGGAGGCUCGGGCCGCCGUAGUGUCCACUAUCUAUGCCAAAGCUCUGAGGGUCAGUAGCUCAGCGCUGUCGCGUUUCACUACGGGUGAAGUGGUCAACUACAUGAGCACUGACACGGACCGACUGGUCAAUUUUUUUAACAGCUUCCAUGAAGUUUGGAGCCUUCCUUUCCAGUUCAUCCUGGCCCUUUACCUGCUUUACCUGCAGGUGGGCGUGGCCUUCUUGGGAGGGCUGACUGUGGCUUUUCUACUUGUGCCACUUAAUAAGGUGCUGGCAGCCCGUAUCCUGGAGAACAAUAAACACAUGCUGACGCAUAAGGACAACCGAGUAAAGCUAAUGACCGAAGUCCUUUUCGGAAUCCGAGUUCUCAAGUUCUACAACUGGGAGCAGCACAUUACAGAGAAGAUAACUCAGAGUCGUGAAAAAGAGCUGAGUCACCUGAAGGCAUUGAAGUACCUGGACGCGGUGUGCGUGUACACCUGGGCAGCUCUUCCUGUCGUCAUCUCAAUCCUCACCUUCAUCACGUAUGUGCUGCUUGGAAACAGUCUUACUGCGGCCAAGGUCUUCACUACUCUGGCUCUAGUGGGCAUGCUCAUUCUUCCACUCAAUGCCUUCCCCUGGGUUCUUAAUGGCACGCUGGAGGCCAAAGUAUCUCUGGACCGCAUUCAGCUCUUCCUCAGUCUGAACGAUCAAGACUUCAGUGCAUACUACAGCCAAGUAUAUCCUGAGGAUCCUCUAACUGCCAUUCAGCUGACCGAGGCGAAUUUCUCCUGGAUGAAGAUAGAUCGACAUUCUAACUCUGACAUAGAGGACGCAUCCGCAACAGGAAGUCUGUACCUCCGCAAUCUCAACUUAAGUGUCAAGAAGGGCUCUCUGUUUGUCGUGGUUGGCAAAGUUGGCUGUGGGAAAAGCUCACUGUUAGCUGGCAUUACUGGAGAGCUGAACAGACUUGGUGGCAUUGUGCAUGUCCAGGGCAGAGAGGAGGGCUUCGGCUUUGUUGCCCAGGAGCCAUGGAUCCAGCAUGCAACCGUGCGUGACAACAUCCUUUUUGGAAAGGACUUUGACAGUGGCUUAUAUCAAGCUGUGCUUGAGGCGUGUGCCCUCACUGCAGACCUUAAUAUUUUGCCAAAUGGAGAUCAGACAGAAGUGGGAGAGAACGGUGUCACACUCAGCGGAGGGCAGAAAAGUCGCCUCGCUCUAGCUCGAGCUGUUUAUAUGGACAAAGACAUCUAUCUCCUGGAUGAUCCUUUAGCAGCAGUGGACGCUGAUGUGGCUCAUCAUCUUAUGGAGAAAUGCAUUUUGGGAAUGCUUAGGAACAAGACCAGAAUCCUUUGCACUCACAGAAUAGAGUUUGUGGAGAAAGCCGAUAUGGUGAUCCUGAUGGACAAUGGGACCAUUCUAAAAACAGGAACACCCCAGGAGGUCUUAUCUCUGGUGAAAGAUGUACCUAAGGGUAGCAAAAAAGAGACUGAAGUAAAGAAAAAGGAUGGUGCUGAUGAAGAAGAAGAAGAGCUGACCACUACUGAGCCAGUUUUGGAGGAGGAACUACGCACCAUAGGGGAGGAACAGAAGCAGAUGGGCAGCCUUGCCUGGACAGUCUACAAGUCCUAUUGGAAAGCUGUGGGCGGGUGCAUGGCUGUGUCUGUUCUUUUGUCUCUGCUUCUUAUGCAAGGGUCUAAAAAUGUUUCUGAUUGGUGGCUGUCUCACUGGAUCUCCAACAUAAAACCCAAUGGUUCUGAACUGGUGUCUCUGACAGCAAGUCCUCUCUCUGCCCUAGUGCUUCUCUCUGCAGAGACAGUUGUGUUUCCUUUAAAAGUAAGAGGCUCAUUUGGCAAUAUGAGCUCAGAGAUGAGGUUCUACAUGACCGUGUAUGGUUCUUUAGCUGCAUCCAAUACCAUCUUCACUGCUGCUCGUGCCUUUCUGUUUGCUUACGGAGCAAUCCACGCUGCCACAGUCAUCCAUAGACGACUGCUGGGUAGUGUGCUUAAGGCGACGGUGACGUUCUUUGACACCACUCCUCUGGGCCGAAUCCUAAACCGCUUCUCCUCAGACAUCUAUAGCAUAGAUGACUCGCUACCCUUCGUCCUCAACAUCCUUCUAGCCAAUGUUUUUGGCUUGUUGGGAAUGCUGGUGGUGAUGUGCUAUGGGCUGCCCUGGGUGCUUCUCCCUCUUGUUCCACUAGGGGUGCUGUACUACCAAACUCAGAGGUUUUAUCGGCACUCCUCCCGCGAGCUCAAACGCUUGUGCAGCCUCACACUUUCUCCAGUCUAUUCACACUUCUCUGAGACCCUCUGUGGCCUGGCAACAGUCCGGGCCAGUGGACACACUGCCAGGUUUGAGGAGGAGAAUGAGAGGCGGUUGGAUCAGAACCAGCGCUGUGUGUUUGUCAGUAACUCUGCCAUGCAGUGGCUAGAUAUUCGACUGCAGAUGAUUGGUGUCAGUGUAGUGACCGGGAUUAGUAUAAUAGCUGUGAUCCAGCACCAUAUCAGAUCGGUUGAUCCAGGUAUGGUGGGUCUGGCUCUGUCCUAUGCUCUAUCCAUCACUAACCUGCUGUCAGGACUGAUCUUCAGCUUCGCCCAGACUGAGAUGCAGCUGGUGAGUGUAGAGCGUACUGAGGAGUAUUCCACCUGCAUUCCCCUGGAACCCCAGCAUGGCAAAGCAGCGGUUCCAGCUUCCUGGCCAGAGCAUGGUCGAGUGGAGUUUAUCGCAGCCGUUCUAGCGUAUCGACCUGGGCUACCCAAUGCUCUGGAUGGCAUCAGCUUUAUGGUAAAGCCAGGUGAGAGAGUUGGCAUCAUUGGACGCACAGGCUCAGGGAAGUCCACUCUGUUCCUAGCACUGUUUCGUAUGGUGGAACUGAACCAGGGGUGCAUACUGCUGGACGGAGAGGACAUCAGUCAAGUGGGGCUUUCUCAGCUAAGGUCUAAGCUGGCUAUCAUCCCCCAGGAUCCCUUCUUAUUCUCUAGCUCUGUAAGGGAGAACCUUGACCCCUGUGGGCGUCAUCCAGAGCAUGAGCUACUAGAUGCUUUACAGCAGUGUCACCUAGGAGAUGUAGUUCAAAGAAUAGGGGGGUUGGAUGCUACAGUCGGAGAGAGAGGAAAGUCUCUUUCAGUUGGCCAAAGGCAGCUGCUUUGUCUUGCUCGGGCGCUUCUGACUGAAGCUAAUGUUUUAUGUAUUGAUGAAGCUACAGCCAGCGUAGAUCACAAGACUGACAUGCUUCUACAGAAAACUAUCCGAGAAAGAUUUAAGCACAAGACAGUGCUUACUAUUGCUCAUAGACUUAAUACAAUCAUGGACUCCGACAGGGUUCUGGUGAUGCAGGCUGGGAAGGUGGUGGAGUUUGACAGCCCAUCUUCUCUGCGCAAGAAAGAGAUUCAGUUUUUUAGAAACUUCUAUAUGGAAGAGACAAAUAAAUGAUAAUAAUGGCAAAUAAUGGCAAGGCUAAAUGAGCCUGAACAUUAGCACUGGUCUUAAUCAGUUUAGUAGUUUUACAGAUUUUGUAUUAGUUUGGUAAAAACCCAAACAGGCUGCAAAUACUUUACAUAAUGUUUACAUGAUGACACCAGUGUUUGGUGUAUGACAACUGUGUCAAGGGUGUAUAAUAGUUUAGAUUAUAAUUUAUUCCUGUUUUAUACUCUCGUCACGCAUUUUAAAUUAUACUGAUCAGCCAUAACAUUAAUAAUCAAAUUACAUUAACAGUAAAAUCACAUAGGUUUUAGGUUCCCCUUUUGCCACCAAAACAGGUCUGACCCCUCAGGGCAUGACUGCACAUAGCCUCUGAAGGUGUGCUGUGGUUUCUGGCAUCAGGAAAUUAGUUGCAGGGUGGGGCCUCUGUGGAUCAGACUUGUUUAUCCAGAACAUCUCAUGGAUGCAUGAUCAGAUUGAGAUUUUAUAGACUGGUUCAACAACUGUUUGUCUGCUAAGCCAAAUAAACAGCAAGCUGUGAUGCACUAGGUCUUCUGAUACCUUUCUGAUAUAGCUAACAUUUUCAUCCACUUUUUUUUAUCAACUUUAGCUACAUUAGCUUACCUGUGGGAUCGGACCAGACAGGCUGGCCUUUGCUCCCUGCAGGCAUAAAUGAGUCUUGGGUGUCCAUGAUCCUGUUACCUGUUACCACGGUUCACUUGUAUGUAAUUGAUAAUCAAUGUUAUUCAGUCCACCUGAAGGUGGUAUUAAUGUUAUGGCUAAUCGGAGUACAUGUCUAUGAUUUAUCUAGAAAAAAGUUUAUAUACAAAAGUGAGGUAUUUUGUUACAAAUUAUAAAAAGCUAUAUUAAACAGGUUAAAAUAGAUUACACAAAAACUAACAAGGAAACAAAAAGAAAAACCAAGCCUCCAUAUUAAACCUUUAUCUUUCUUGGCCUGUGCUUAAGGAUAAUGCACUCGGCCUGUUUUUAUUAUUGUCACCAGAUAAUAGGGACAAAUGCUGAGGUGCCUGUUACUGUAGUAUUACUUGAACUUGUAUACUGUUAUAUAAUUAUAUAAUAUCAUUUGUCCUGUAAAUAAAAUAAAAAAACACUUUGAUUUUA